ACUGGAUACUUGAACUGCAAAGUAUUGUAGAUAUAAUUGUUGUAGAUGAUGACACCACUACUGAGAACAAUCCAGACAGGGAUUAUUGCGGCUGCGCUGAGCUUUGCACGACUUCGAGGCUGUUGUUGGUGUUGAGCUGUUGCUGGAGGAGGAAGGUCUUCGUGGAGGUCGACGGUGGCAAGUUUUUCGUUCUCCAUAGUAUUAAUUGAAGAAGAAAAUAAAGAUAUUUUAUAUGAGCUCGGGAAUAUCUCGGGUAUGAUACGUGGCGCCGUGGACCGUGGUCGUCGUUGAUGACAACGAAGAAGCAAAUGAGGCGAGUAGAUAGAGACGCCCCUGCCAUGGGCUUCCCCUGGCCGAGCCAUAUCAAAUGCACAGCCACAACUAUAUAGAACCAGGCCUCUUACUGCAACAGCGAUUAUGUCCAGCUUGCAGGGUUACGUCGAUAGGCGCGUCCUCCUCGUACUUCAAGACGGCAGAGCUAUCGUCGGUGUCCUUGCUGGUUAUGACCAAAAAUCCAAUGUCGUCCUCAGUGAUUCAAAGGAGAGGAUCUAUAGUAUAGAUGAAGGUGUAGAAGAAGUUGAACUAGGUCUCUACCUUGUCAAGGGAGAUAUGAUUGUACUCAUCGGUGAAAUCGACGAAGCAAUCGAUCAAGCAGUAGACCUUGCCUCAAUACGCGCAGAACCGAUUCCACCUAUUCGGUAUUAGCGCAACUCGAGUUUCGAUUCUUGCCGCUUGUAAGAUACGAGAUGGUUGAGGCGGGCAAGGUCGUUGAAACACGAGGACGGAGUACGGCGGGCACGGGAAAUGCACAAAUCAAAAUGUAUGUCUACACAAGCAUGGACGCGGAGAUGUAGUAUAUGCUGAUCCCAUACGAGUGCUAUGAUAUUUAUCCAUGGUAGCCCGGAUUAAUAUUUACCGCCCCAUAGCCGUCCCCCGCCAAUUCACUCUUCCACGAUCUCUGAUCUGGCCUGAUUUUUGAGUCAAUGAUUCUGUUUCCCAGCUCUCACUCAUUCUAUCAACUACAUUCGCACGUCUACCAUCACCCUGCUCCUCACACGUUCUUCCCAUAACCAUUCUCCAGCUCUAACUUAUAAGCGCUACUGCUGCCGCAGGUUAGGACGCGAACUUUUCUCCAAGUCCGAGCAG